UAAUUAAAAGAGAGCUCGCCCAAAACACUGUGGAAGAUGAGUUCCGUUCUCCUUAAAUCAUUGCUUUUUUAAAAUUGUCGAUGCCCGACUUCUUUUAUUAUCUUUUUAUGAUUUAUUGAGGAUCUGGAAAACAUGUAUUCUAUUCGUCGCUGGCUCUAUAAACCCAAGAAAACGGACACAUCUCUGCUGGCACAGUUUUUCUAUGCAGAUGAGGAACUUAACUUAGUCGCUGCUGAGUUGGACAGUUUUGAUGGGCGUAAGGAUCCCGAGAGAUGCACACUGUUGGUGAACCAACUACGCCAGUGCCAGGACCGUGUCCUAGGGAUUGUACAGAGGAUCAUGGAUGAUGCCAUACCUCUACAGCGGUCAUCAAGGGACUUUCGAGUCAAAUUUCCUGAUGAUGUACUGCAGGAAAGCUUAGCAGGACAGCUAUGGUUUGGUGCAGAGUGUUUGGCAGCAGGGUCUACCAUAAUGAAUAGGGAGGUAGAAAGUAUCUCCAUGCGACCACUGGCCAAAGCACUGACCAGAACCCUUGACCAGCUGAGGGGCAUGCUAAGAGACCAAUGUCUACGCAAUCAGGCAAUUUAUUCAGAUGAGAUAAAAGAAUCACUCAUCACUUUUGACAGACUUUUUGCUGACUUUGAGCUCAGCUAUGUAAGUGCAAUGGUACCUGUAAAGACAAUGAAAGAGUAUGACAUUUUGCAGGAAGUAACUGUGCUAUUCUGUGAAACUGUGGACAGGGCUCUAAAGGUUGAGCUGCUGACCCAGGACAUGAUAGAUGACUAUGACCCUGCUUUGAUGUUUACAAUUCCAAGGUUGGCCAUAGUGUGUGGCUUGGUGAUAUAUCCUGAUGGCCCUCUAAACCCACUCCAAGAACCCAAGUCAAUGUCUGAGAUGUACAGACCAUUCCAAACUCUUUUGCUCAAGAUUAGGGAACUUCUGUGGACAUUGACAUCAGAUGAGUUGUUUUCUCUGGAAAAGGCUCUCUGUAGUUCAGAGGAACCAGGUCUGUAUAGACCAGUGGAACAUGUAUUCUCAGACUCCAACACUUCCUCAGUUGAACAAUCACCAUCCAAGGGGAAAAGUGGUGCUUCAGGGAAGACCGAAAAGAAAAAGUCAAAGAAAGAGCAGAACACUAAGCCUGAAAAGGAAGAGGACAAUGACGCAGAUACUGAGAGCUCAGAAGAGAACCAUGACAGUAUAGGAGCCCUGGGGAUGACCCAGUCUCCCUCUACACAGACUGUGAUAGCCAACCCUAGUUAUCCUCCAGAGCAGACUGCUGGGGGUGGGGCUGACUCUACAGAAGGAGCCUCUGGGGAACAGCAGCAGGUCACUGGAGCUCAGAAUGGGGUUACAAGUGAACAUUUGGCACCUAAACAAUCACAGGACCUUGAUGCUGCUGAUGCAGGGACACAGUGCUCAAAGUGUUCUGGGAAUGCAGAGAGCAGACGGCACAGGCGACACAGGAGAGGAAGUGGAGGAAAGGGGGAGAAGCACAGUGGGUCAGAGAGCAACAGGAAAAAGAGGGCUGCUAAAAGGAAUCAGAGCACCCAGACUGGUAUUGAAUCUGAACGUGAGAGAGCUAGCAGUGGUGGCUCUAAUCAUGGUGCUGGGGGGUCUCGGACUACAACAUCCAGACAAAACAGCAGAGGCAGCACCAUGAGUGAGGAAAUGCAUCGAGUUUGUGAACAGGUAGUUGGCGAGCUUUUGUCUGAUGCAAACAGGAGAAUUGUGCGUAGUUCAUCUGCCUCUCAGUAUGGGGCUCCCCAGUUUAACUUUCAUUUGCCUGUGAAUACCAGUCCCAGAACUUCAGCAGAAUCUGGGCAAUCCUCUGAUGCUGAUACUCCCAGGACUGUGAUAUAUGUAGGGGACAGCAUUCAACAAAUGUCAGAUAUAUCAGAAGAAAAUUCCUAUGUUAAUAAGGAUGAUGUCUUUGAGGAUAUGGAUACUAAAAGCACUGAGAUGGAAAUUGUAGAAGAGCAGGCAGGCAGGAAAUCAGAAAGUGAAGUUCCUAUGCAUACAUCUAGUUCCACCUCCAGCCACAGUAAAAAACGCUCAAAAGAACAGAACACUAACAAAAGUGAAAACAUGUCAAAAACUGAAGUUCAUAAGAACUCCCACAGCAGUCAGCAACCUCGAAAAUCUAGUAAAAAAGACAGUAAGAAUCAAACAAUCGACUCAACCAAUCCAAAGCCUAGCUGCCCUAGAGUGCAGAGACUGCAGUAUUCAGAUGACUGCAGUGAGACCAGUAGCUGCUCUACAUGUAGCACAAGUAGUGAAUACGACAAUGUUGGGAGUGACUAUGACAACUUGAUGAGCAGCACCAGUGAUACCAGCUCCUACAACUCUGAGAGUCAGGAUGAUGAGGAGAUAGCUCUGGCUAUCCAAGCAGCUGAGCUUGCGUCUCGCAAUGAAGCACGUCUGAGAUUUAAGAGCAGCACUGACCUCAUCCACAGACUGUUUGUGUGCAUCUCAGGAGUUGCUGACCAGCUCCAGACAAACUAUGCUAGUGACUUGAGGAAUGUGUUGCGGGCAGUAUUUGAGGUCCACUCCUCUGAGCCCCUAGUCAGGGUGGACAGUGCCGAGGAGGUGACCGAAGACAUUCGCAGUGACAACAGUGACUCUCUAGAGGACAGAUCUGAUGGCUCUGAUGGGGACAGAGAUAAUGAGGAAGAGGAUGUGAUCACUCCUACUGCGUCCAGUCCCCCUGAAAACAGUCCAGAGAGGAACAUUGACGAGAGACCUGCACAGGAUCCACCUCCCUGGGUACCUGAUGAGCUGGCACCACACUGUACCUCUUGCAAGGUGCCCUUCUCCUUUGUGCGCCGGCGCCACCACUGCAGGAACUGUGGAAAGAUAUUCUGUGCAAGAUGUUCUCCCAAUUCGGUUCCUCUGCCCCACUAUGGCCAUGCCAGACCUGUGAGGAUCUGUAACAGGUGCUUUAUGUUCCAGGUCACACCUUUCAUGGUGGAGAACUGAACAAUUUACUGUGGACUAUCUUGCAUUUACUCCUGUCCAUGAAUCAAAGUUUUCAUACUGGUGCCCUAAAGUGCUAUUGAUUUAAAUUCUUACAUCAUCAUGGUGUGAUUCUUGGACUUGUGGUUGUGUUCUCUACUGUGGACAUGCGAACAACAUUCACUUGUUACUUCUGUGGAAGUGGAAGAUGGUAUUUUUCAGCUGUGAAGAUUCUGCAGUCUUGUCUGGCACAGACAAGAAAUGAUCCCUGUGUUGAAGGUUUAGAACAAAGUGGAGGAAAUUCAUGGGUUUAUUUCUGAUUUUAUUUUAUGAGCAUUAGUUGGGAAAUGAUAAUUCUGACAACAUGCGAGAGACUUACAAUGUUAUCACUAAGCUGUGAUUGUGUGAUAAUUCUAGCUUGGACACAUUGUUUUAUAUUGACAGUUUCACUAAGAAGACAUUUUAUGAAAAACCUAUGCUGCAUUUCAGUUAAAACUAUAUGGUAUUGUUUUUUAAAUAUAUUAUAUUUCUAAUAUUAUAUAGGCAUUAUAUAAUAGCCGAUAUCUUCAUCGAUAUUUUGUCACUUUUUUUGGUUUUAACUCCUGGAAAAGGCAGUGGGACAGUUACUUAUUUUAACCAAUUGGAAUAAUUGUGGGUAUAUUACAUGUUACAUAUAGAUUGUGAUAUUGCCUGUAACAUUUUCUUUCAACAAAGCUAGUUGCUUCUUUUAACUGCUUAAAAGGGAACUUCACAGAAAGUUUGGACAAGCUUGUAUUACUCUCUGACAUCUUGAGUACAUAUAGUUGUUAUUCCAACUUACUUUUCUUUUUUAGCCCUGAUACUGCAUGACAGUUACAAUUAAUUCUUGGAUUAGUUGUCACACUGGCUGUGAAGGCUACCCAUCCUAGUUAAUUUUAUAUCUAAAUUUCAGUAUAUUGUAUUUUGACACUUGUAGGGCAUUUAAGGUGAGAGACUACAACAGUUUGGAAGAUUUCCAAGGAAAAAAAUUUAAUCUUGCACUGGACUUUUAAUAAAGCGGCAGUCCAGCUGCAGAGGAGGGCUGAGAAUGAAUCUAUCCCACAUCUGGGACUGGACCGUUAAGUACACAUCUAUGAUUCAUGUAAUUUAUCCAGUUAAUUAUUAUAUUUUUAUUCACUAUGUUGUCUAUAAUUUUAUUUUAUUCAAACAUUUCAGUUGUGUAAGCUUUCAGUUUUGCCAGAAUAAUAGGAGUCUGUGCACACACCUGGCCUGUCAUGUGACCAGCUGUGUAGGUUACAGACAUGUAUUUCUCUGUUGAAAACCACUAGUACAGAUCCCAAAGGAUAGUUGGUAUUUUAAUCUGUUAGUUCAUUAUUAGAUAUAUUUUUUCCUAUUAUGUGACAUCACGCUACUGGAUAAAUGGGGGGCAUUCACUCUCAAUUUGGAAGGUUUUAGUCUGGAAAAUAGAGAUUGAUGUAUAUAUUUUAUCCACUACUAUGUCUAUGAUUUGAUUGUAUCCUAACUUUCCAGUUGUGUAAGCUGUCAGUUUUGCCAGAAUAAUAGGAAAGUCUGUGUCAAUUUUCACAAGUGUUCAUAAGUGGUCAGAUUUCUCUGCUGGCCUCCCUUGGUAUUAGGGUGUGGACUUGUUCCACACAGAUGCCCUUCAACCUUGUAGAUGAGUAGGGUGGAAGAGUGUGAAGGGGUUUCAAUUUUUUAAAAUUUGAUUUUAAGUGAAAAUGAUAUCUACUGUGUAGAGAGAAUUAAGUAAUAAUAAGUAAUAAUGGUUUUGGUUGAUACAUGAUCUGCAUCACAAAAACAUUUUCUAGUCACUAGAACAAGAUCAGUGUGAAGUGUAAUAUAAAGAUUUAAAUUCAAUAUAUUUGAGUGGACUUCAAAAACAAAAUCAGAUCGGGUUUUAUAAGUUAGCCAAUAUUUUAGUUUAAACAAUUGGAAUAAAAGAUAAAGACAUGCCACACAAACUAUUUUACCAUAAAUGUUUAAAAUUCACAAGG